AUGCUGCGCGUGCCAGUCAGUCGGGCCCUUACCUUCGGGGCCCGGUUCCCAGUGCAGACGAUAGUGCGCACGUCGGCCACUGUACCGGCCAAGGCGCCGGAGAAGAUUGAAGUUUUCGUGGAUGAUCAACCCGUGAUGGUGGACCCGGGCACUACCGUCCUGCAGGCUGCGGCGCUAGUUGGUGUGGAGAUACCGCGCUUCUGCUAUCACGAGCGUCUGGCUGUUGCCGGCAACUGUCGCAUGUGUUUGGUAGAGGUGGAGAAAUCACCUAAACCAGUCGCUGCCUGCGCAAUGCCGGUGAUGAAGGGCUGGCGUAUAAAGACGAACUCUGAAAUGACGCGCAAAGCACGCGAGGGCGUAAUGGAGUUUUUGCUAAUGAACCAUCCGCUCGAUUGUCCCAUCUGUGACCAGGGUGGUGAAUGUGAUCUGCAGGACCAAGCAAUGGCAUUUGGUUCGGAUCGAUCGCGCUUUACAGAUAUUCACCAUACCGGCAAACGGGCGGUGGAGGACAAGGACAUUGGUCCGCUGAUUAAAACCAUCAUGACUCGGUGCAUUCACUGUACGCGUUGCAUCCGGUUCGCAUCGGAAGUGGCCGGUGUCGAUGAUCUCGGCACGACGGGUCGCGGUAACGACAUGCAGAUUGGUACGUACGUGGAAAAGUUCUUCCUUUCCGAGCUGUCCGGUAACGUGAUUGAUCUGUGCCCGGUCGGUGCGCUGACCAACAAACCGUACAGCUUCGUGGCACGCCCGUGGGAAAUUCGCAAGAUCGAAUCGAUCGAUGUGUUGGAUGCGCUCGGUAGCAAUAUUGUGGUGAGUACGCGUACCGGCGAGGUGUUGCGUAUAUUGCCGCGUGAAAACGACGAAAUCAAUGAGGAGUGGCUGUCGGACAAGUCGCGUUUCGCUUGUGAUGGAUUGAAGCGCCAACGGUUGAUUGCACCGAUGCUGCGCAAUCCGAGUGGUGAACUGGAACCGGUCGAGUGGGAAUCGGCGUUGAUUACGAUCGCGCAGGCGUUGCGUGGAGCACCUAAGGGAAAGGUGGCCGCUGUUGCUGGAGGGUUGGUGGACGCAGAAUCGCUUAUUGCGUUGAAGGAUUUGCUUAACCGGUUGGGAUCGGAAACGCUCUGCACCGAGCAAAAGUUCCCCACUGACGGAUCGGGCACGGACUUCCGUUCCAGCUAUCUGCUCAACUCUUCGAUCGCUGCUUGCGAGGAAGCGGAUCUGGUACUGCUUGUCGGUACGAAUCCCCGCUAUGAAGCACCACUUCUGAACACCCGUCUGAGGAAGGGAUACAUCCAUAACGAUCAAAACAUUGCAAUGAUUGGACCGAAGGUUGAUCUUUCCUACGAGUACGAGCAUCUUGGAAGCGAUACCUCGCUAAUUCGCGACAUUGCAAAUGGACACCAUCCAUUCGCCAAGAAGCUGAAGGAGGCAAAGAAGCCCCUAAUCAUCGUCGGUGCCAAUCAACUUGCCCGAAAGGAUGGUUUGUCCUUCCUCACUGCACUACACGUAUUCGCUAACUCGUUGUCACCGUCAGACAAAAACUGGAAGGUAUGGAACGUGCUGCAGACGAACGCAGCUCAAACGGCCGCCCUGGACGUUGGCUACACGGCAGGCGUCGAUGCUGCCGUUGAGAUGCAACCGAAGGUCCUGUUCCUGUUGGGCGCUGACGGCGGCAUGGUCGAUAAGGAAAAGUUACCGAAGGAUUGCUUCAUUGUGUACCAGGGACAUCAUGGAGACGCCGGUGCACAGAUGGCCCAUGCUAUUCUGCCCGGUGCUGCCUACACUGAGAAGCAGGGCACGUAUGUGAACACUGAAGGCCGUGCCCAGCAGACGCUGGUAGCCGUAACGCCACCGGGACUGGCGCGUGAAGAUUGGAAGAUUUUGCGUGCCCUAUCCGAGGUAGCAGGAGCUCCGCUGCCGUACGAUAACUUAGAAGAUCUGCGUUCGCGCAUGGAAGAUAUUGCGCCCCAUCUGGUGCGCUACGGCCGUCUGGAGGCGUCCAAUUUCUUUGCCAUCGCUGACGCAUUGCUAAAGAACGCUUCGGUACAGUUCGACAGUGGCAAGGUGGAUGUGGUGCAGAAAAAGUUGGCCGACUUCUUCAUGACCGAUCCGAUUACGCGCGCAUCGCCCACAAUGGCUAAAUGUGUGACGGCAGCGAAGAAACAGUUGCAAGCGAAUUAA